UUCAAGUGUUCACUAACAAAAGUUGUUUGUGUACUUGUGUAGGUGAUAGGCGCUCGGUUUUGUAGUGAUUCGUCUUAAUUUAAUUAAAAUAGAGUAAUUGAAAAUGAAGUGGUGGAAUAUUUUAUUGAUAGUGGCUAUGUUUAGUUUAUUAUUAAUCGUGAUUCCUAUUUCCUAUAAGUCGGGCAAUAGUAAACAACAGUUGCAAUUAAUGUUUGAUGAAUACAUACAAAAGUUUAAUAAAAGUUAUAAAAAUAACCCAGAAGAGUACGCAACGAGAUUUGAGCACUUUACGGCUUCUUUACAAGAAAUAGAACAGCUUAACAGCCAAUCUCGUGGGUCCGACACUCAAAAGGCCCGAUAUGGCUUGACCCAUCUCUCCGACAUGUCCAAAGCCGAAUACAGACAGUUGCAUCUCUCAGAUGAACAGCUCAAGAAGUCCCCGCGCGAGUUUAAUCAGACAUGGAGCCGGUUCAGAGAACAGAAAAGGAUGGAGCACUUGAAACAAAUCGGGCCUUCUUAUGUGAGGACAAAAAGGGCAGCUGGCAGUUUACCGUUAACAGUUGACUGGCGAACCAAAGGCGUGAUAGGGCCAGUUCGGAGCCAGGGCAUGUGCGGUGCCUGCUGGGCCUUCAGCACUAUUGGCAUCGUCGAAGCUAUGGCUGCCAUCAAGACCGGCAAGCUUGUGCCGCUCAGUGUUCAGGAAGCCAUAGACUGCGCAACGCUUGGCAACGCCGGCUGCCAAGGCGGGGACAUAUGCCUACUUCUAGACUGGCUUAUGAUCUCCAAAACAGCGGUCCAAACAGCCACCGAAUACCCGCUACGACUCAUGGAUGGCAUAUGCCGACUCAGUAAGAAUACUACUGGUGUGAGGGUCAGGACGUUUACGUGUGAUGAUUUCGUGGCCUCUGAAGACAAGAUACUAGAAGCCCUCGCCACGCACGGGCCGGUGGCUGUGGCGGUCAACGCGCUCACAUGGCAGAAUUACCUCGGCGGAGUCAUUCAGUACCAUUGCCCCGGUGGCCCGACCGACUUAAACCACGCGGUGGAACUGGUCGGCUACGACUUGUCGAGCGACGUGCCGCACUACGUCGCCAAGAACUCGUGGGGCGGCGAGUUCGGCAACGGCGGCUACGUCGGCCUCGCCGUCGGCGGCAACGUGUGCGGCCUCGCCAACGAGGUCGCUAGCGUCGACGUGCUCUAAACAAGUCACUUUCUUUCACAUGUCCAAUGAUAUUAUAACUCCAAAUAGGUUAUAGGCGUUCCAAAAUUGAAGCGCUUACCUUGUACAAAUUGUCUCGCGCCUAGGCAAGCGAGAGAUGUACACGUGCUAACGAGCUCCCGCACACCGCGAGAGAAAGAGACAAGCUUAUGUUGAACAACGAGUGUAGCAAAUGUUUUUUACGAAAUGAUUCGUUUUCUUCAGUACCAUGUAUAUUAACCGCAGCUUUUAUCAUCAAAUAAUGAUAUGUAAAAGUGAAAGUGAAGAAAAAAAAAGUGUAAAAGGGAAGUGGUGAGUGUGAAGUGUUGUAUGAUAAAGUGAUUUGGAUUUGGAUUUAAAAAUAGACUGAAUAACGUAGGCAGCUAAAACACGUUGAAACUCACCGGUACUACCGGUAGCUGUUGUUUUUUUAUACUUUGAAAUAGGAAAUAACUCGAGAAAUAAUUGUUAAACUUGCCAUAUUACCAAAGCAAUUUAGAUUGUAUUUCUCAAUUGGAACACACCCCCGCCGUUUCAAGUCAUAAUUAACAAAUUGUCUUAUGCUAAGCGUGGUACAAUUGUAUAAAUACUUCUUAAUAACAAAUACUUGCUGAAUUUUGCGAUUAAGCGCCACUUACACCAUCUCACUAACCCGUGGUUAAACCGGUGGGAUGGUGCAAAUGGCCCUUAGGGGGUCCCUUUGUUUGACAUAAUUAUUGAAAGUCAUAAUGUAAUGAUUGUCAAAUUAUCAUUAGUCAUAAUUCUGGAACCGUUAACUUUUCAGGAUUUUCCUCAGGUUAUCCUAUAGAUAGAUUAGGUUGGGUUUGUUUUAUGGCAAUCCUGAAAAGUUACGCGUUUCUGAGAAAAACCAAAUUUUGACUAACGAAAAUGUGGACAAACAAUACAUUAUGACUUAAAACUUUAUGGGAAACAAUAGAGACCCGGCGCUUAGUGGUACUUUAGUUAGAUGAGACGGGGUGUCAUAAUUUAUUAGUUUUAUUAUUAUUCUCUAAUUUUAUAAUAGUAUUCUCGAAUACUCAGCCUACCUUUUAUGCAAUGGUAGGUUAUUUAAUCCUCCGCCCCGCGUUGCUUCGCUAGAUCAAGCAAGGCAUUUUAUACCUCAUUAAAUUAUUGUUUUAAGUUUAUAAGCUUUUUUAUAUGUAUAUUAUAUAGGCAAUAAGUUUAAAUUUAUCUUAGUUGUUGCGAUAUGUUGUGUUAUUGGUAUGUUUUUAGUUUAUAAAUAACAAACGUUUUUAUUACACUAUAAGACUGAUAAUGACAUAUAAAACAAUAUGUUAAAUCUAUGUUCAUUACAUUGUGUAAGUAUUCACUAAAAUAUUACAGGAUGUAUUUAUAUUACAUAUAGUUAAGUAAGGUGAUAAAUUGCUCGUAUGUGUUUUUUCUUUACCAAUUAUAAUAUGUUCCAUAUUAAAUAAGAAUACGUAAUUUAUAUCAUAGAUAUUCAAGAUAUUUAAAAACCACAUUUCAUUCAGAUAGGAGCUGAAAGUGGUAACUUGAUUUUAUUAGUUAUGUGGAAAUAUAUUUGUGUAGUUAUUUACUCCUUUCUUUAAACCGUCCUGGAGUGCCUUUGUUUUUUAAUA